GAAGAUGGUCGCACACUUUCUGACUAUAAUAUUCAGAAGGAAUCUACCUUGCAUUUGGUUCUCCGUUUACGUGGUGGUAUGCAGAUUUUUGUCAAGACAUUGACAGGAAAGACCAUCACGUUGGAAGUUGAGGCGUCAGAUACUAUCGAGAAUGUCAAAGCCAAAAUUCAGGACAAGGAAGGAAUCCCACCAGACCAGCAGAGGUUGAUCUUCGCCGGGAAACAACUUGAAGACGGUCGUACACUUUCU